CCCGCGGGCUGGCAGGACCCGGAUCGGCGGCGGCGGCAGGAGCUGGAGCGGGGCCCGCGGGCCCACGGCCGCCAUCACGGAUUUCCUGUGGGACAAGCGCACCGGGCUGGCUGCGAGGACGAUGCCGCACUCCCGGAGGUACCGCUCGUCGGAGCGCAGCAGCCGCGGCAGUUACCACGAGCGCUACCGGAGCCGCAAGCACAAGCGGCGGCGGACGCGCUCCCGCUCCAGCAGCAGCGAGCGGGACCGGCGGCACCGGCGCGAGGACAGCUACCACGUCCGAUCCCGGAGCUACGACGACCACUCUGCAGACCGAAGGGCCUACGACCGGCGCUACUGUGACAGCUACCGGCGCAACGACUACAGCCGCGAGCGGGGCGAUGCCUACUACGAGCCCGAGUACCGACAUUCCUACGAGUACCGGCGCUCCCGGGACCGCGAGGGCAGCUACCGGAGCUGCAAAAGCAGCCGGCGUAAGCACAGGCGGAGGCGGCGCCGCAGCCGGUCCUUUAGCCGCUCCUCAUCGCAGCGGAGUCGACAGAGCAGCAGAAGGGCCAAGAGUGUGGAGGACGACGACGAGGGGCAUCUGAUCUAUCGCGUCGGCGACUGGCUACAAGAAAGAUAUGAGAUUAUCAGCACCCUGGGGGAAGGCACGUUCGGCAGAGUGGUGCAGUGCAUGGAUCACCGGAGGGGUGGUGCACGUGUUGCUCUGAAAAUCAUUAAAAACGUAGAGAAAUACAAAGAGGCUGCUCGACUGGAAAUCAACGUGCUGGAGAAAAUCAACGAGAAGGAUCCUGAGAACACAAAUCUCUGUGUCAGGAUGUUUGACUGGUUUGACUACCACGGCCACAUGUGCAUCUCCUUCGAGCUGCUGGGGCUCAGCACCUUCGAUUUCCUGAAGGAUAACAACUACCUGCCUUACCCCAUCCACCAAGUACGGCACAUGGCCUUCCAGGUGUGCCAGGCUGUGAAGUUUCUGCACGACAAUAAACUCACCCACACUGACCUCAAGCCAGAGAACAUCCUCUUCGUGAACUCUGACUACGAGCUCUCCUACAACCUGGAAAAGAAGCGGGAUGAGAGGAGCGUGAAGAGCACGGCCAUCAGGGUGGUGGACUUUGGCAGUGCCACCUUUGACCACGAGCAUCACAGCACCAUCGUCUCCACCAGGCACUACCGGGCCCCCGAAGUCAUCCUGGAGCUUGGCUGGAGCCAGCCCUGUGAUGUGUGGAGUAUUGGCUGCAUCAUCUUUGAGUAUUAUGUGGGUUUCACCCUUUUCCAGACACAUGACAACCGGGAGCACCUGGCCAUGAUGGAGAGGAUCUUGGGGCCAAUUCCUUCUCGGAUGGUCCGGAAGACAAGGAAACAGAAAUAUUUCUACCACGGCCGCCUGGACUGGGACGAGAACACGUCAGCUGGGCGCUAUGUUCGGGAGAACUGCAAACCACUGCGGGACCCCGCGGCGCUGCAGGCCCGGCCCGGGGUGCUGGACGGCUACAACCCCUUCGAGAGCGACGCGCCACCGCCGCCGUUCCAGACCCCUUCGGUAGCGCCGCCGCCCCCGGUACCGGCGGCCGCGCAGCCCCCGCGGAAGGCGAGUCCCACCGAGCCCCGCAACUACGGCUCCUACGGCUCGCAGGCCUCGGCCGCCGCCGCCACGGCGGAGCUGCUGAAGCGGCAGGAGGAGCUCAACCGGAAAGCGGAGGAGCUGGACCGGCGGGAGCGGGAGCUUCAGAACGCGGCCCUCGGCGGUUCCCAGACGAGGCGCAACAACUGGCCCCCGCUGCCGUCCUUCUGCCCGGUGAAGCCCUGCUUCUACCAGGACAUCCCCGUGGAGAUCCCUGCUGACUUCCAGAAGACAGUUACAACCAUGUACUACCUCUGGAUGGCCAGCACCAUUACUCUCUACCUGAACUUCCUGUCCUCGCUCGCCUGGUUCUGCGUGGACCCCACAUCUGGUUCUGGGUUUGGCCUCUCCAUCCUCUGGGCUCUGCUCUACACGCCCUGUUCCUUCGUCUGCUGGUAUCGGCCCAUGUACAAAGCUUUCAGGAGCGACAGUUCCUUCAACUUCUUUGUCUUCUUCUUCGUCUUCUUUGCCCAGAACGUGAUGUAUGUGCUGCAGGCCAUUGGCAUCCCAAACUGGGGAUUCAGUGGCUGGAUCCUGAGCCUGAUAGCACUGCGGACUAACACGGCCGUGGCUGUGAUGAUGAUCCUGGUGUCCUUGUCCUUCACGGCAGUGGCCGUGUUGGGGAUCGUUAUGCUGAAAAAGAUCCACUCUCUGUACCGCCGCACGGGUGCCAGCUUCCAGAAGGCCCAGGAGGAGUUUGCAGCCGGGGUCUUCUCCAACCAGGCCGUGCGCACGGCCGCGGCCAACGCCGCCGCGGGCGCGGCCACCAACGCCUUCCGCGCCCCGUAGCCCGGCGGGUGCCCGGCCCUGCCCCCCCGGCACUCGGGCGCUCUUCCCGAGGAAGAGGAAACCCGAGUCGCACUUUCACUGGAUCCCCGUGCGUCCGCAUCAGCUGUCAGAGGCUGCCUCAUCCCAGCUUGGAAGUGCUGGUGCCUGAAUCGUCUGCUGCUCUUAACCCCCUUUCCUCACGGACAGAGGCUGUUCUGGUUUGUGCUGGUCCCCUCCCCUCAGCAGACUGGGGGGAGCAGGGUGGGGAGUGCUGAGGCCGGGCCCGGAGCCAUCGCCCUCCCUUGCAGCACCAGCUGCUGGGGGCAGGAGCCUCCUCCCGAUGGCUGGAAUGCUGCUUCCAGGGACUGGAACGGUCACUUGCCUUCCUUGUGCUCUCCUGUUUCCCCACCUGGUGAUGACGCUUGUGUGCCCCGGGGUGUGGAGGGUCCCCUGCCCCCCGUGUGCCCAGGGAUCCCCGUGCUCCGCCAAGAACGUCAUCCCCCUCUUCCUCCUGGGGCGUGCUCCAGUGGGACGAGGAUGGGGCUGGUGCUUUCCCCAGGGUGUCUUGUCCUUUCGUCCCGUCCCUUUCCCCAUCCUCUCCCUCUCUUCAGGCCCAGGGACGAGGAGAGCAGGGCAGGGACAGGCAGAGCUCGGGCAGCUGCUGCCUGUGGGGAUCCUGCCUUUAGCCCACGUGGACCCCAAAGCCGGGCUGGGUGCCGAGGAGCAGCCCUGGCGUUUACAUGGCACCCCCUUGCCUCCAGGGAGGGCUGAACAGCUCCUCCAGUCCCCCUCCCCACCUGCUUCGAGGACUGUGAGCCCUUGCUGCCCCCAGCGCCCUUCAGCCAAAGCCUUCACACUCCUCAGGGGCUGAGCCAGCCCCCGUGCGCAGCCCCACGCCCCCCUUACCUGCCCUCUGUCCCCUGCCCUGGUGCCCCUGGGGAUCCCCAGGACAGGUCUCGUGCAUUCUGCUUCAGUCCAUCUCCUCUCGGAUGCUCCCGGUUUGUCCCCGAGCUCCGGGGCUGGCGAGAGGCUUUGUGCCUUCAGCUGUGGGGGCCGGUGCCCUCCCGGUCCCGCUGCGGCCGGGGCUCCUCCGCGGGUCCCGCCUCCUUCGCUGCUCCCCGUGUGCUGUUCCCCGACCGCUCCCGGUUUAUUUAAGGAAUAAAUGAAGGUUCACUCUG